GAUGAUACUGGUUUAUGAAUAUAUGGAAAAGGGGACUCUAAGAGAGCACCUCUAUCAUUCAAAUGACAAUUCUGAGAGUUCACCCUCGCGAUCUGAAUUAUCUUGGAAGCAAAGACUUGAAAUAUGCAUUGGUGCUGCCACGGGUCUACAUUACCUACACACUGGUCCAGCUGGAGGAAUCAUUCACCGUGAUGUGAAGACUACAAACAUCUUGCUUAAUGAAAAUUAUGUGGCUAAAGUUGCUGACUUUGGCCUUUCAAAGUCAGGGAUUCUCGAUCCAGAACAUUUCACAAUGGGCGUGAAGGGUAGCUUUGGUUAUCUUGAUCCUGAAUACCUUACCACCCUACAGUUGACAGAAAAAUCUGAUGUGUACUCUUUUGGAGUUGUACUUCUUGAAAUUCUUUGUGCUAGACCAGCUAUUAACAACUCGCUUCCAAUGGAUGAGAUGAACCUAGCUGAAUGGGGGAUGCUGUGGCAAAGGAAAGGCCAACUUGAGAAAAUUAUCGAUCCAGUGCUAGUUGGUAAAAUCAAGCCUAGUUCAUUGCGAAAGUUUGGUGAAACUGCUGAGAAGUGUUUGAAGACAAGUGGUGCUGACAGGCCUAAAAUGCAUGAAGUGCUAUAUGACUUGCAAUAUGCACUGAAGCUUCAAGAAACUGCAAUGCACGCAGACCCAGGUGAAGACAGCACAAUAAAUACUGCAUUCGAGUUGCAGUUACCUCUUGCUUGGCAAUUGCCUUCUGAUAGAAUCCUAAUGGAGGAAGAUGAUCAUACACCCAUGGGAGGGGAUGAUGAUUCUGAUACAAAGGCUAUUCUUGAAAGUCAAAACCUAAUUGAGGAUUGAUGGUGCCAGAUAGUCUUCACUGGUCUGAGGGACGUUAGCUUUAUUACGUUUGUGCGGCUUACUGUCAUCAUAACUGUAAAAUGCUUUAAGCUGUGUCUGCAAAAUGCUUUAGUGCUGUAUUUAAUAUCUGAAUAUUUAAUGUAGGACAAAAUUUUCUAAUUAAUUUAUGUAACUUGUUAAUUUUUGUAAUUUUAUGAAAUUUUCAGAUUUUUAGGAUUAAA